GAGAAGAGUCCUCUGUGUGUGUGUGUGUGUUUCAUGGCUGAGAGGUCAGUUCGUACAGGAGAAGUGUCCAAGGCUGUUGUGAUAUGAAGCCUGUCUGAUUACGUUAUACAGGUAGCUUGGAAACUAUUUUGGGUUUGAAGCAGUUAGAUUCUCUGACCCUCCUCAGAUGGCGAGAAGAGAAACAAUGUCCCAGCAUGCCAUGUGCGCACAUUCUUAGUGUCGGGGGAGAGUCGGAACGAAAUUCUGAACGGCUGGACUUUCCCAGCAAGCCAGAUGCCAACACCCACCAACUCCGUCUGCGCUGACAAAGCCGUCAGGGUUGUUUAUUGUGAACUUCAGGAGUGUCAGGAUUAAAGGAGCGCCUCACUCACCUGCACAAAUAAUGAUGUUCGCAAAGCUCAGCUUUCCACUGUAGUCGGUCUUAAACGCUCCCACGAACAUCCACUGGCUGCUACACAUGGAACACCUGAUCUAGACCAAAAUUCUUACUCUGCACUGAUGGGAGUCAGUGUGGACCAAGGAAAGGGAGUAGAGCCAUUUCAACAUCUUUCUGUCAGCAGAAUUAGGGCAAGUGACCUUAAUUAGCUUCCGCUCUUGUGUUGUUUUUUUUGUUUUUUUUUAAAGUGCAAAAGAAGAUUAAAACUGGAUUAAUAUGUCUAAUCUCACAGGAUUCAUCUCCCCAGGGCAGAGUACAAAAGAACCAUCACUAAUAUGGCCUCAUAAUUAGACCGUUUGGGAGUCAUUUUGGCACUGCAGCGGGAGACGGUCAUGUUUGAAAGAAUGCCUAACUUUGAGAGUUCGUGGGUGUAGUAAGUCGCAGCCAUGGCGACAGUCCAGUCCCUGCCAGUCACCGCUGACUACCGCCCUCCAGGCCUGGAGACCCGCCCACACCGCUCCUCACCGGCAACGGCCCCUUCUAUCGGGGCCAUGGGUUCUGUGAGCAGCAUGGUGCCGAACCACGCGGCUAACCGCGGACCUCGCGCAAACCUGGAGGUCACGGCUAGGCCGCAGUGGGGCGCGGACGGCUCGGGCCGCCACCUUUCCGAGGCCGCGCACGAGGCUCCGCUCGGGAGCCGCACGCCGUCGAGCAGAAAGAAGGCUGCAGCAGGGCGAGGGAAAGGCAUCGGUGGACGAUCGCACUCGCACGAGGACCUGAUCACAGACUGGAGCGGAACCUGGUUUGAUCCAAGGCCAGGUGGAGGCGAGGAGGCGCCUCCUAAACUCGUCCCUGUGUCGGGGCAGUUGGAGAGGAACGUUCAACAGGCCAUUAUCCGACCGACAGCCUUCAAGCCCGUUGUGCCAAAGAGCAGAAACACCAUGCAAUACCUCUCACCACGCCUAGGGGGCGGCCUAUCAGGGAGCCAGGGCAACCUGAGCCUGCUGGCCCCGGAACAGGACCUCAGCGCGGCGGUAACCGCGGAACGACGCGGCUCCUUCAGCGGCGCUCGGAACGGGCCGCUCAGCAGGUCGUUCACCAUGUCGGACUCGGGCCGGAACUCCUUAUCCAAUCUGGCCUCUUACAGCGGCCCUGCCUAUAACCCGAACCAGACGGAAGCUACCAAGCCUGGACUUAUCCACGGACACUCCAAUUCGGACAGCGGACGCUCGUCCUCCAGCAAGAGCACUGGGUCUCUCGGGGGACGCAGUCAACCGGGCGUAUCGGACACAGGAUCUGGAGGACUGGCCUCGCCGCCCAUAGAGGCCUACGAGUCAGUUGUGCGAGACUUGGAAGAGAAACUGAGGGAGAGAGAGCUGGAACUCCAGCAUCUAAGAGAGAACCUGGAUGAGAACGAGGUGGCGAUUUGCCAGAUGUACGAGGAGAAGCAGAAGCGCAGUGAGCUGGAGAUGGAGGAGCUGCGUCAGAGCUGCGCGUCCAAGAUGCAGAAGGCAUCGCAGAAGGCGCGCCGCGCUCAGCAGCUGCUGCAGCUCCAGAACUUCCAGCUGCAGCAGGAGAAAAAGAAGCUCCAGGAGGACUUCUCUCAGCUUCUGCAGGAGCGCGAGCGCCUCGAGGAACGCUGCGUGUCCUUCGAGCAUGAGCACACGCAGCUCGGACCCAGACUCGAGGAGACCAAGUGGGAGGUGUGUCAGAAGACAGGUGAGAUCUCCCUGCUGAAACAGCAGUUGAAGGACCUGCAGGCGGACCUGGCGCAGCGGGUGGGCGAGGUGGUCACCCUGCGCGGUCAGCUGAGGGAGGCGCACACGCAGUCACGGACCCGCGCUCUGGAGCUGGAGGUGUGUGAGAAUGAGCUGCAGCGCCGCAAGAGCGAAAACGAGCUCCUCCGCGAGAAAAUGAGCCGCCUGGAGGAAGAGCUGACCCACCUCCGCCAUACCCUUAGCCAGUGCGCCGAGGCUCUGCCCCUCCCGCUCACGCACGAGGCAGGCUACAGAGCAGCCGGGGGCGGAGCACUUAUGGAGGAACAGAGGCAGGCCAGUGACAGUGAGGAGGUGAAAGGUCAGCGCGAGGGAUCCCGGCAGCAGCUAGAGAGGCUGAAGUCGGAGCUCGCACGCGAGAGGCAGCUGGCGUCAGAUCGGGCGGCCGCGUUUGAGGGCGAGCGGCGGUGCUGGGAGGAGGAGAAGAACAAAGUGAUCCGCUACCAGAAACAGCUGCAGCAGAACUACAUAGAGAUGUACCGGCGCAACCGUGAGCUAGAGGGCGCUCUGCGCGAGCUCAGCCGAGAGCUGGAGACGCGAGAGCAGGACGACGAGAGUAGCGGCAACGAGGUUACCUUUGAUGACAUCGCCGCCACCGAGAUAUAACGCCCCACAUCCAAUGACCCACUCAGAAAUCAUACAGAGAUCAGUACAAGUAGCUAUUUCACACUUGCAUAUUUUGGUGUCAUAAAAUACUCUGUGCUCUCCUGCUAUGCCUUUCCAGUGCUACACCAUCAUUAUACUAGACCAGUGCACACGUAUGACCCUGAGCAGGUAAUUACUAUAAUGUGUUUCAUAUUCUUAGGUAAUAAUGUCACACCGAGUGCGACUCUGUAAGUAAGCCCACCCAGCAGUCUUGAGAUGCUCUCUACACAUCGCACAUAGUGCAUUGCUGAACCUUGAAACACCUCCCAUUUAGGUUUUCUGUGUGGUUUAAAAAGCCUUGUGAGACUUGUGCUUGUACUCACUAUAGUGUUGCUUCACAUGUUCCUGCUUUUCAGUGGAGUUGCAAGCCAUCGGCUGGGACACGUUACGGCAACUAAAUUUCUAAUGGGAGGCGGUGUGUCUCAGGAGGUAUUGCUGCAGUGCAAUGUACAACUGCUCUGUUUGACUUUUGAAUGUUUUUCAGUUAACCUGAGAGUCACUUAAGUGCACUUUGUGAGUGAACAGGUUGUGUGAUGCAAGGUUGUGUCUCUUCUGAUCCUCCAUCCACUAUAACCAGAGGUUGCAUUGAAAAUGGAAUUUUCUCUCCAUCUCUCUGUUAUAUGUGAUAGUCAGAAAAUCAUGCCAACUAGGCAAGCUCUCAGCUGAUUUCGAGACAGUUCACAUGCAUGUGUUGGAUCCAUGGAGCGUUAGGGCUCAGAUGUGCUCUACGAUGUAUAGGUAUAGUGUAAACAAGACCGAACUGUCCACCAGGCACUGGAACCCAGCUUCAGGCACUUAGAACUGGUGACCAAUAAAAAAUGAGUAUGCAAAUGAAGUUCCACAUACAAAAUAGGCCAAUUUACAUACUGUGAGAAACCAACACAAUCUGCAGAUUUGGUGCAAGUGCCCCAGAGAAGAGCGUCUGGUGUCUUUGUGUCCCAAAAUACUCACAAUAUCUUUAAAAGUCAGUGCCAGAAAUUCGGCAAAAAGUCAUUGUUUUCAUGAAAGAAAAAAGUGAUCUAGAUUCUGUAUUAAGGCACAUACAGGCCUAUUCAUGGAGACACUAUAGAUACUCGGUAAUAUAUUGUUUAUAAUAACUAAUAUGAUUUAGAGUAGCCACUGUGAGCUGUGAGCUGACCAAAACAUUGUCCCAUAUUUUAUGGUACUGAUUGCUUUGCCAUUAUAUGGUGCAUGUGUCACAGUGUGAAUGCUUCUGGUUAUGUAGUAUAAAUAUAGUAAUUUUUUAAUAACAGUAUUUGUAUGAAGUCAUUAUAUUGUAUAUUUUUCAUGCUGUAUAUUUCUUGUACCUACUGACUGUUUUUAAUAAAAACCCAGCAAAUAAAUGUUGCUUAUAGGAAACAAAA